AUGAAGAAACACCAUAGACAAAAACAAGAAGGUUAUUGGGGAUUUAGAAGAAGAUCUGCACAUAAAACUUACGUUUCGGCGCAUGCUAUAUGCGGAUUUAGUUCUGACAUGGCAGACUCAAGCUCAGUGAACGUCAUACUUGAAUUUCUGCGAAGUAAUAAGUUUGCUAAAGCUGAGGCUGCAUUGCGCUCUGAGAUAGGUAACCAGACUGAUUUAAAUGGGUUUAUGCAAGGUCUUAAGCUUGAAGGGAAGGACAUAGGAGGGAAGUUAGUAGAUGAAGAAAGUAUGUCAAAACCUGGUGUGAGUGAUGAAGUAUCAAAAGAGGAGCUUGUUGUGAAGGAAAUAACAAGGAAUGGAUCAGAUAGUAAAUGGAAAAAUGUUGCCUUUGUUGAAGAGCAAAGUAAAGCGGGAGAGUCAAUAGGAACAAGGGAUAAAAAUUAUAUGUUAUCUAAUAAUUCAGAAGAAACUGUGAUUGAUUUAUAUUCAAGAAAGUUUAAUUCCAGUAAUGGAUCAGUUGAUCUUUACCAAACUGAUGCUGCUUCCAUUAGAGCAAAUGAUGCAAAAGAGUAUCCGGUUUCUUCUCAAUCAAAGAUUCAUCCAUCUGAAUUAGCUGAUAAAGAUAGACUUAUGGACAACCCUUGGUCAAGAACAGAUGAAAUUAAAUACAGUUCAUCAGAUGUAUGGAAAGAUUGUUCUGUUAAAACAGUGUUUCCAUUCCCCAAGGGAGCUGCAUCAACUAGUUAUGAUGCUAAUUCAGGUAUAGGAGAUAAAGAAGAUAGAAAACGGGGUGUUGACAACAACAUUAGGGCAGCAAUCAAAGAGCAAGUGGAUGAGGUUGGAAAAUCUUUGUAUUUUUCAACAACUCAAGGGAAUAAUGAAUCAAAAGCUUUUGGUGGGUUGGGUUUUCCAGUUAUCUCAGAGAAACACAAGGAAGAAUUACCUAGGUUGCCACCUGUCAAACUCAAGUCAGAUGAGAAAGCAUCAAAUAUAACUUGGGAGGAGAAGUAUCAACGUGAUGGGCCUUGUUCAAAGACUAUUAAUGCUGAUACUAGUUUUCUUAUAGGCUCAUUUCUUGAUGUUCCUAUUGGCCAAGAAAUAAGCUCUUCAGGUGGAAAAAGGCCUCCAGGUGGCAAUUGGUUUUCUGUAAGCCAGGGAAUCACUGAGGACACUUCUGAUUUAGUAUCUGGUUUUGCAACAAUUGGUGAUGGAAUGAGUGAAUCCAUUGAUUACCCAAAUGACUAUUGGGAUUCAGAUGAAUAUGAUGAUGAUGAUGAUGUUGGCUACAUGAGACAACCAAUUGAAGAUGAAACCUGGUUUCUAGCUCACGAAAUUGACUACCCAAGUGACAAUGAAAAGAAAACAGAUCAUGAAAAUAAUCGGGACCCACAAGAAAUAUCUCCAGAAAAAAACGAAGAUGACAAUCAGUCGUUUGCUGACGAGGAUUCAUAUUUAUCAGGUGACCAAUUUUUUCAUUCAAAAAGUAUGGAUCCAGUUAUUGCUCAGUAUGAUGGGGAGCUCAUGGAUGAAGAGGAGUUGAAUUUGAUGCGUGCAGAGCCUGUGUGGAAAGGGUUCGUGACACAAACAAACGAGCUUAUCAUGUUAAGCGAAGGGCAAGUCUUGGAAAAGACUAAAAUGCCCCUGUUGGAUGAUCUUUGUGUAGAUGAAGAACAACAUGGUUCUGUGAGAUCAAUUGGUGUUGGAAUCAACAGCGAUGUUGCAGAUUUUGGUAGUGAUAAUGAUGUUGGUAUUUCAUCACAUGAUUCUGAGAAGAAAUAUAUUGACAAAUCCACGAAAGACAAAAGGGUAAAACCGUCAUUUCAUCAUGAUAAACCUGUAAUUUUAACAAAAAACACGACAAACAGUGGAUUUUCUUUUCCACCACCUAGAGACGGGCAGCCAGUGGCUGCUUCUAAUAAAGCUUUCUGGAUAAACAAAAGUGAGGAAACUGAUAAUCGAUUGCAUACUUUAAUGGGAAAUGACGAUUUCGCCCCUCCAUGGAGACGAAAAAGUAGUAGUUCAUCACCUGUUAAGAGUUCAAGGGAAGAAGAAGAAGAAGAUGAUCAAGAUGCUGUAGGUUCAGCGAAUUCGAGCCCUUCCACUUUCUCAAAUUACGGUUAUGCCGAAAAUGCCCAUGUUGCUAAGAAAGAAACCAAUUCUAAGGAAGACGAUCCAGGGGCAUUAUUGGAAGAUGAAGAAGCAGCUGCUGUCCAAGAGCAAGUGAACCAGAUAAAAGCUCAAGAGGAAGACUACGAAAUCUUCAACCUCAAAAUUGUUCACAGAAAAAACAGAACUGGAUUUGAAGAGGACAAGAAUUUCCAUGUUGUUUUAAAUUCUGUGAUAGCUGGUAGAUAUCAUGUUACAGAAUAUCUUGGUUCUGCUGCAUUUAGUAAAGCUAUUCAAGCACAUGAUCUUCACACAGGCAUGGAUGUGUGUGUAAAAAUAAUAAAAAACAACAAAGACUUUUUUGACCAGAGUCUUGAUGAGAUAAAGCUUCUAAAAUAUAUCAACAAAAAUGAUCCCGGUGACAAAUACCACCUUCUCAGACUUUAUGAUUACUUUUACUACCGAGAGCAUUUAUUAAUCGUUUGUGAACUUCUCAAGGCAAACUUAUACGAAUUCCAUAAAUUCAAUAGAGAAUCCGGAGGAGAGGUUUACUUCACAAUGCCAAGAUUGCAGUCGAUAACGAUCCAGUGUUUAGAGGCGCUUCAGUUUUUACAUGGACUUGGGCUAAUACAUUGUGAUUUAAAGCCCGAGAAUAUUUUAGUGAAAAGCUACAGUAGAUGUGAAGUGAAGGUGAUUGAUCUUGGAAGCAGCUGUUUUGAAACAGAUCAUCUUUGUUCUUAUGUUCAAUCCAGGUCAUAUCGUGCACCCGAGGUUAUUUUGGGGCUUUCAUAUGAUAAAAAGAUUGAUAUUUGGUCCCUUGGAUGCAUCUUAGCUGAACUUUGUACUGGAAAUGUUCUAUUCCAGAAUGAUUCCCCUGCUACUUUGCUUGCUAGAGUGAUUGGAAUUAUUAAUCCCAUUGACCAAGACAUGUUGGUCAAAGGACGUGAUACGUAUAAAUAUUUUUCAAAAAAUCACAUGCUUUAUGACCGAAACCAGGAUACAAACAGAUUGGAAUAUCUGAUUCCAAAGAAGACAUCAUUAAGGCAUAGGUUACCAAUGGGUGAUCAAGGGUUUAUAGAUUUCGUGUCUCAUUUGCUUGAAAUUAAUCCAAAGAAACGGCCUUCAGCAACAGAAGCUUUGAAACACCCGUGGUUAUCAUACCCAUAUGAACCAAUUUCAUCUUGAAACUUGAAACAAAAUGAAAAAGAGUUGGAUCAAAUGGCAAAUGGUGUCUCAUGUAUUUAUUUAUUUAUUUAUGUGUUUGGGUUAAUAGCGUAAUUGUGAUAUGUUGAAACUUGAAAGGAGUUGGUUUGGUUUGUAUGGUUAGGGAAAUGUUGAAGGAGGUUGGUGUACAUAUCAUGAUGCUACCAAGUACUGAUACUAUAUCAUGUGUUUAGGGGUCAUUUUGGUAGUGGUUAGUGAAAUAGUGUUUUAAUCAAAUUUUGGGUUGGUUUUGGUGUUUUUCAUGUGUUUAAAGCCAAAAUGGAAUGGUGUUUCAGUG